GCACAACCUUAAAAAUAAUCAUAAAAAUUUGGCUGCCUCCUCUAAUAUUUUCAAAAUUGAUAUAUAGUCCCUCAUCAUGCAUAAUCUAGUUAAUUUAGCCACUAAAUUAAAUCCCCUUCCAAGUUAAUCUCACUCCCUCAGUAUUCAAUUACAUCCUUAAAACUCCAUUUUUUUUUUCUAGUUAAAUACAACCAAAAUUUAAGAUGCAUUCCGGUUAUCACAUAUGCCCUCUCAAAACUCGCCAACGUUUUGCAAGGAGCAUGCUCGGAGACUGGAGAGGAAGCGGACCCUUAUAUGAGGAGAAAGGUGCUGACUUUACCACAAUCUUUUCGCGGGAUCAAGGAUGUCCAUCUGAACCUCCCCUCAUCCACAUCCAAGGAGCUUCUUGAGGACCCUUUGAAGUCUUUUGAACGGUCAAAGAGGUGGAAGAUCGAGAGCUCUUAUAUAUAUGGUUUAAAUUUUUAAGUAUAGUGAUGACCAGACAGUGGCUUAUAUUGCUACACGAAUGCCCGCAGUUUACUUGUUAUAGGGUUCUCAAUGAGGUACCAAAGUUUGUGAAAGUCUGUGAAUUGUUGUGAAUAAUGUGUCUUUGUUUGA